AUGAAGGAGGCUGUGGCAGGCGCUGUGGCCAUGCUGGGGCAGGUCCCACGGGAGCUACGCUGGGCCCUGGGGCUGGGCGUGGGCACCCUGGGCACUGCCAUCCUGCUGCGCUGGAGCUUCUGGAGGAGAAAGCUGGAGGCCAAGAUCACCCAGGCCCUGGGCCGGCGGGAGCAGCAGCUGCGCCAGGUGGAGGCCGAGCUGCAAACCUUCUGGCAGAAGCACCCUGAGGCUUCUGCCAAGUCCGUCGCCUCUCUGUCACUGCUGGAGCUGACACAGAAGCUCCAGGAGGGGACCCUGAGUCCUGAGCUGGUCCUCCACAGUUACCUGGAGCAGGCACUCCGGGCACAACGGGAUUGGAACUGCCUCACGGGCUUCCUUUCCAGCUGGGAGCAGCAGCUGCAGGACCUGCACCAGCGCCCGCACCGCGGCCUCCUGCAUGGCGUGCCAGUCAGCCUGAAGGACAACUACCAGUGCCAGGGUGAGGUGUCCAGCUGCGGCCUGGUAGCCUGGCUGGACAGGCCAGCCGAGGAGGACUGUGUGAUCGCCAAGGUGCUGAGGAGCCAGGGGGCUGUGGUGUUUGCCAAGACCAACGUCCCGCAGGCCAUGAUGAGCUACAACAGCAUCAACCCCAUCUUUGGAACGACUCUGAACCCCAAGGGCUUCCAGAAAACCCCUGCGGGCUCAUCCAGUGGGGAAGCUGUGCUGAUCGCCUCCGGGGGCUCCAUCCUGGGCAUGGGCACUGACCUGGGUGGCAGCAUCCGCAUCCCCGCCAGCUUCUGUGGGAUCUGUGGGCUCAAGACCACGAGCACCAGGCUAAGCUCAUUGGGUGUGUUGUCGGCAGCGCCAGGCCAGAAAACUGUCCUGUCCGCCCUGGGGCCCAUGGCCAGGGACGUGGACAGCCUGGCGCUGUGCAUGCGGGCGCUGCUGUGUGACGAGCUCUUCCGGCUGGACCCCACGGUGCCCCCGCUGCCCUUCAAUGACCAGCUGUACUCCUGCUCCCAGCCCCUGCGCAUCGGCUGCUCUGAGGACCCCGGCAGCUACAGCCUUAUGCUGCCCUGCAUGCGGCGGGCCCUGCAGCAGAGCCGGGAGCUGCUCGAGAGGGCCGGUCACAAGGUCGUCCCAUUCUCGAUCCCACGGAUGGACUUUGCAGUCUUCGAGUUCUUCUUUGGUGGGCUCCUAGGAGACGGGAUGGAGACCAUGUCUGAGCUCUUGAGAAAUGAGAAGUUCAGCCCCUCCGUGAGUUUCUUCAUGAAGCUGAGCUCUCUGCCCUUCUUCCUGAGGCGCCUCGUCGCCUUCCUGCUGAGACCCUGGGUCCCUCGGCUGGCCAUGAUCUUCGAGAAGAGCACUGGCCUCGGGUCGGUGAAGAAGCUGUGGGAGCUGCAGGUGGCUCUGAAGGCCUACAAGCAUGAGGUCAUCCGCCAGUGGACGGCCCAGGAGCUGGACGUGCUGCUCUGUCCCUCGCCAUGCCCCGCCUCCAGCCUCUCCAGCAGCAAUCCCUUUGAAGCUCCCGGGAGGCUGGCCGGAGAGCAGCAAUUUGGGCCCCCCGUUUGGGAGGGGAGAAUGGGAACCCCGUUCAGGAGGACGCUGGCCUCAGUGUCCACACUCUCGGACACUCUGCUUGGGGAGCAGGUUCUGACGCACAGGGUAGACCCCCUCCGGCACCCUGCCCUCGUGGGCCAGCUCUGA